CGUGAAAAGCACGCACGCACACUAUACAUAUAACUGGAUUAGAAUGUCUGAGCCUGACAUUAGCUCUCCAACAUUACGCAUACGCAGCGUGUGCUGCAGGUUUUCUGCGCUUAUCCACCUGAAAUUGCGUAAUUUCACGUUUGGAUUGUCCGUUCUUCUCUCGAUUUCCCCAGAUUUGGCUUUUGGGGUCAUCUUGCAAUUUUAGCGUAACGAAAAAACACAAAUUUUGUUAAAAAUAAAAUCACAUAAAUUUAGAAACACAAUUUUACAAAGGCUAAGAAAAACCGAAAGUGUUUUCGUUCCACCCCAUCUCUUAACCCCGCGAUUAUAGUGUGUGUGCGUUGGCUGAAUGAAGCUAAAAAUACGACAAAACAAAAAAGCAAAUUAAUAUAGUUGAAACUGCCUGUGAAGAAUGUUCGGUUUAACCGAAAGAGAAUAUUUAAUUUGAAAAAUACACCAGUAAAGCAUUACGGAAAAUCACUUGGAUCUUAAAGAAUUAAUUGUAUAAUUUAGUGUCACGUAAACAUUGCACGAAAUCCAUGGAAUCUGUUUAAAAUAUAAAAUUCAAAGGAAACGUGCAAAACAAUUAUAAACAACCUGUGGAGAUGUUACCGCAAAUUGUUCAUAUAAAAUUACUAUAAAAUGGUUAGCAUUCCGGAGGCAUUUUCAAUCGUAACCGUUUGCUUAUUAUAAAUAUUUGACUUUUGUUCUACAAUAGGAACUAUCAAAACCGUUUCUUGAUAUUUUUAGCAAGAAUAUAAAGUUCGUAUGUGACGUAUGAACAGAUAUAUCUAUGCAGUAUAUAUAGUGCGUGUGUGUAUUUGUGUGAAUAUAUUGAUGGCACCUUGAGCCACACCAUAACCACAACCGAAAUGAGUUCGUUUUGCGAUCGCAAGAAGUGUGCGUAGGGAGUGGGAGUCAUGAGCACGCCCACGCCCACGCCCACUCCGGGGGCGGUUCUGGGCCAGCAGGUGCCACUGCCCCAUGAGCUAACCGCCGAGUGGACGGUGCGAGCACAUCUCACUUUUGCCCGAGCAGGUGAGCCCGUGCAAAAGGAGAGCAGUGCUCCGGAGGCGGUGCAUCCGAUGCGCGUUGUCUACAAGUGGUGCACGCCCUGCGAAGAACCCGAAACAGAGCAGGAUGUCGACAAGACAGCUGCCUUCACGGGAACCAGCUUCCGUUCCACCAAUUCCUCGGCCACCACAAAUGCUGAUUCUGCUUUUGGCAGUCCACACGCAUCCAGGGCGCUUAACAAACCCUCUGUGGCCACUGAGUUGCCUGCUGCUCCUGCUGGAGUCACUGCACAAGUGUGCGGAACUCGCUGCCGGAGCACCUGCAACAUCAUGGUGUCCGCGGUGGCGGACUUCCUUCCCCAAGAAGCGGGAGCCGGAACUGUGAAUGAACCCUUUGUGUACCACAGCAAAGUGCGAGCCCAGCAGCUGAGGGAUGCCUUCUCCCAAACGAGUGACACUGAGGAGCAGCCGACAAGGAGGCGCCCAGCUUAUGAGCAACGAAGGGCCACCACCGAAGCUCUGAUGAAUUUCGCCAGCAAGCGGCAGGCGGAGGAGGCUAACACUUAUGUGCCAACCUACUCGCCCACGCCCACGACGCCCUCGUCCACAUUCAAGUCGGCUUCGAUGUCAAGGAUACCACCACUAGCCGGCAACUUGCAGCAGGGAGCAACUCCCAGAGUGCCCAACUUGGGGGAGAAGAAACCCCGCACUGUUCACAUUGAUGUCUAUUGCACGGGUUCGGAGGGAGAUGAGGAGGAGGAGGAGGCGGAUGACGAGAGGCAAGCCGAUGAGGAGGCCUCUAGCUCCUCCGAUUCCGAGCUGGCUGGAAGCAAGCGCUACGAACUGGACUCGAACUCCACUCCGCAAACCGUCCUGGACAAUGAACAGAUGCUGCUGCGCCAUCAGAGAAUCUCUGGGGGCGCCAUGCCCAGGCGUCUGGCUCAAAAUCAGUCGAAAAAUCAAGCAGAAAACCAACAAGCGGAUCAAUUAAAUCUAGGACAUGCCAUUACUAAAUGCAGCACCGCUGAGGAAGUAUGUGAAUCCAAGCAGCUGCUGUUCCGCAAACACAUUGGCGAUCAGCGGGCGGCCAAGUUGGCUAACCUGCGCCAGAAGUACAUGCGCCAGCCCAGCGAUGAGACCAUCAGUAGCACGUACCCCAACUCCUCGAGAUCCACGAUGCCAAGGGAUGCCACCUGCAGCAGCGUUUCGAGUGUCGUGGGUGGAACCGACUGUGUGGACUCCUCGUGGAAGGAAACCGAUGAACUGGAUACGCCGCUGGUAUCCUUCGGUUUGACCAAAUCCGAUAGCUUUGACUACGAGAACUCGCUAGACCGCCUGCGCAUUAGCCAGAUGGAGCGACUUUGGUCCCGCCAGCAUUCUCUGGACCAGAGUCCCGUACAAGCCCAUCUGGGAGCACCAUCCCCACAUCCCCUGCAAACCAUAACGGAGGUGCAGUCGCAGCGCAGCUCGUUCCAGCGCAGCGACACCAUCCCCUCGGAAUCGGAUGGCUUCUCGGAUGCCAAUGGAUUCAACACCUAUCCGGGGAGGCAGUCGCAGUUGCAGCAGAUCUCGCAUUUCCCGCGUAAUCGUCCAGGCUUCCUGCAGUUCUUUGGACCCACGGGCGGACCGAGUGGUGCGGGACAACCAACGCCGCCAGCCACGGCACCUGUUCAACCCGCUGCGGCUGCCACCACUGAUCCGUUCCGCUUGCUCCAUCCGAGCUACCGUUGGAAGAGCGAGGCACGCGAUAACCUGAGCGUGCAGGUGGCUUCCGGAUCACCCUCCUCGGAGCGCAGUUCCCCGCAACUAUUGUCCGCUGCAACCACAGUGGUCCGUUGCGGCAGUGAGGCGCCACCGAGCACCACGUCAGCCAGUACUUUCGGCACCACAGUGACGCCUUCGCCUUUGCCAGUGCGACGUUUUGAAAUAUCACGCGACAGCCCAAGUCUCGCAAGUGAGGCCUCCACUUCCGUUUCCGGUUACACCCACGAGCAUUUGGAGAAGGCUCGCCGCUUUGGCAACGUGGUGGCCAUGAGGAAACCCGGCCAUCAUGUGGGUCCCACCAAGAAUCCGAAUUGCCAAUGCGAAAGCUGCCAGCGUUGGCUUGCCGAAAGGUUCCAGCUUCGAGGCAGAGCCUUCUCCCUGGGCGAGAAGCCCUUGAUCAGGCGACAGUAGUAAUAUGAAGUUGGACUUACUCUUCUUUAUCUAAGACUUGCAUUUAACACACUGCUUUUGAAAUUGCCACGCUCCCCAUUAACCCAGACCCUUAUCCCGAACCCAGAACCAAAUUACUUUCGAUUAGUUGUAAGCCAAGUAAGCGAAUGUUCCUCACACAAAACAGAAUUUGUGCGCUGAAUCAGUUUAAUGUUGUAAUUAAAUAAAACAAUAGUUUUAAAUAUUAA